UGCUGAGAUUGAUGCCGGAAAACUCGGCAGUUUAAACAAGCGGGAGGGUGGCUUUAUACGUAACAUGGACCCACGGAAUCACGUUGUUUCUUAGUUGACAGUUGGCUUUAUUUAAUUUGUAACAGUCGGCGUUAGGUGGACAACAUAGCUUACCUUUUGCUUUGGCUGCUGGCUACGGUAGCUAACUGUAGCCCCGGAGCUAGCGUGACUAACGUCUGUUACGUCCGCAGGAGAGCAUUCUGACUUGGGAGGAAGGAAGGAAGGAAGCUGAUAAGUAGGACCGCUGCUCAUGCAAAGCUAGCACACUUUUGGACUCCCGACUUCACACUGUGACGCAUUUAGGAAAGGUGACUAUCUGUGCAGCCUGUGUGACAUUUGACACUAUUUGGUUAAUAAGAUAUGCUGUUAGUUGCCAUAGCUAGCUGUUAGCAACACGUCUCUUGUGUAGCUGUGCGGCGGACGUCAGCUAGCCAGCUAGCCAAAAAACUUCUAAAGAAGUUGUGUAAGUCAGACUUAGCGGUUUGAUUAAUUCGGGCGACUAGUUGCGCGGUGUUUUUUUUAAACUCUUUUUGUCUGUCGGACUCUUAAACUCUGACCCGCUCUGGCAGCAGGGCGACCAGAGAAACUCAUGGAUGUGAUCGAGAGUGAAGCGGUGCUGAAGGGUGUUAGUGAUAUGAAUUUAAACAAUAGCAGCCAAGAGUUUGUCACACCCAGGAGGACUCACGAGGAUUUGGGCAACAGGCAGACUUCCAGCCCCUCAUCUUCCGGAGUAUCGGGAGAAGGCGAUGAAGAGGAAUUAAGCGAAUUGCAGAAUAGCACAGCAUCUACAGUUGAGACGGGAGAAGAGGCAUAUCAAGACAGUAUGACCAAGUCCAGAGGUACGCCACAGGAAAGGACAACUCCAGACAAUGUGCCGGGGGAGAGAGUCUCCACUCCGGUCGGCCUUCCUCAGCCUCGCUCACCAUCUGGACUCAUAGGAAGCCUUGAGCGUCAAGAGUCAGUCGCCACAACAGAGGCCCGCUUAAGAAUGGAAGGAGUUGAACUUAAGGAAGAGUGGCAGGAUGAGGACUUUCCAAGGCCCCUCCCAGAAGAAGAGGAGCUUGAAGAUGACCUUUUCGCAGGAACCUCUGAGGAGGGAGACGCUGGCUAUGCAAUGACCCACGGCAAGAAGGCCAAGAAAAAACUUGCAGCCCCAGACAUCAGUCUUACACUUGACCGCAGUGAAGGUUCGCUUCUCUCUGAUGAGCUGGAUGAAAGCACAGAGCUGGACCUGGACGACAUAGACACUCCCUCAGACAACAGCAAUGAGUUUGAAUGGGAAGAUGACCUCCCUAAGCCAAAAACCACAGAGCUGCUGCAAAAAGGUGUGGAGUCAGUGCAGGAGUUCUCAGCCUUGGAGGAGAGGGAGGAGGGUCGACGCUGGAGGGUGUUUCGUAUUGGAGACCAGGAGCACAGAGUGGACAUGAAGGCUAUUGAACCUUACAAGAGGGUUAUCAGUCAUGGAGGCUACUACGGAGACGGUCUGAAUGCCAUAAUUGUGUUUGCUGUGUGCUUUAUGCCUGAGAGCAAUCAACCAAAUUACAGAUACAUCAUGGACAAUUUAUUCAAGUAUGUCAUCGGCACACUGGAGCUUUUGGUUGCUGAGAACUAUAUGAUUGUGUAUUUAAAUGGGGCAACCUCUCGGAAAAAGAUGCCGACUGUCGGCUGGCUCAGAAAGUGUUAUCAGCAGAUCGAUAGGAGGUUACGGAAGAAUUUGAAGUCCUUGAUAAUCGUGCACCCCUCCUGGUUUAUUCGCACCCUGCUUGCGCUCACAAAACCUUUUAUAAGCUCCAAAUUUAGUCAGAAAAUCAAGUACGUGUACAGCUUGACAGACCUUGCUGAACUAGUUCCAAUGGAGUACGUGUCCAUACCGGAUUGUAUCAAACAGUUUGACGACGAAAAAAAUAGGAAAAGCCAUAAAAGGUAUACGCACUUUCACCCAGGGUCAGUCUCCGCAUCCUUUGCAUUUCAUUUAACUAACAAUGAAAUGAUCAGUUGGCUUACGGAAAUGCACCAAGACACCUAAUUCUCUCCUAUAUCUCUGUAGUUGGAUGAUUUUCUGUUACCUCCUGGCCCAAAUCAGCAACGUGCCUCCUCAAUGUACCACGUUUUCCUCUCAGCUGAUAAUGCAUAAAGUAAAUAGCUGGUUGAUUCUCAUAAAUAGGUGCCUUGGUGACUGUUUAACCAACUUUAUUUCUUUUCUGAGCCAAUAUGUGAAGUUCAUCACAAAGCCAGUUCAUGUUAAGUUUGUUCUCUAAGUAAAGUCAGCUAUCUGUUCAUGGUUUAAAUGUUAUUUUUGAAAGGAUAACCUUAAUGCACUGGGAUGCUAGUUAACAAGUUCAAGUCAAAAACAAGUCAGAAUAGUUUGGAAGAAGCUAAAUGUGUUUUGAUGUGGAGGUGGAAGCAUCCAGUUGCACUUACCUGCAUGUGUUUGGUUAAAGAAAAAAAAAAAGAGGUGCAGAAUUUAAGGUGGUUGGCGUUUGGGAAGUCUGUUAAUGUUUGUGCGACUGAAUGGGGCGGAAGCACAGGGAAGUAGUUCGACUUAGUCACUGUGGUGUGUGGUUGCACUUAAACCAUGUCCUCACAUGGUUCUCCUCAGUAACCGGCUCUCACUGAACACCGCUUGUUCACGCUGUCCGCUCUUUGCAUGACUCACUGCAUACCCACUCCCUACUCAUGUUUGGUAAUUUACCCGAGACUUUUGUCAGCCUCGCUCAUGCACACAGAAAUAAUCUGCUCAUUUCUGAUAAGUAUUGAGUGUACACUUGCUGAGGUGAUUAAUUUGCUGAUAAGGGAUGUUGGAACAUUGGAAAAGAAUGAUGAUCGUGCCGUUUUAGAGAAACAGCGGAUAAAACUAUGCCACAAUUAGCUGGACCAGGUCUUUUUUCUUGACAUUAUUAACAGAAGUACAGUCUGCUGUGGACAAUGAAAGCACUUGGAGAUAAGCAGGUUGUCUACAUACUGAAGAUAUUUUAAGAGCCUACAGAAAAAUGUUAUUUUAGUUAUUGUUUAUUUUGUAAUUUUUGAAAUGGGUGUCAAAUCCCCAAAUUUCAUACAUUACAUUUAAGAAUUCCAUCUGUGAUUGUGUUCAUGCACUGAUCACACAUCAUGAUUUGAUUAUACAAAAAAAUUGCGUAUCUGGGUAGCGUAGUGACCUGAUCAGUGUUAGAUCCCAGCCACACAGACGUCUCAUCGCUGUCGAAUCUGU